UGCAUCUCCUGUCAGCUCGUACAAGCCAUCGUGUCGUCGACCCUUUCAAGAAGAAUACGCAUUAAUUUAUAUCUGCAUACGCCGAGCAUUAUUAUGUUAAUCGCGCGGCGUGCCAGCGUCAUUCAUUCACUUUGAACAGACAUUGUGGCGUCUUGUGCCUGAAGUGCUCUCGAUUAAAUGCGUGCCAUCAUUUACCACGAAAGACAUUCUCGCAUGGGAAAAUCGUUAGGAAUAACCUUCCAUUGGGAAUGUUCAACGUUAAAGGACUAACGACUGUCUUUGUCUUCUCUCGUGGCCUUCGAGGGAAGCUGGUCCACGUGAUCGACAAAAUUCAACCAUUUCGAGUUUCGACGGAUGUCUCAACUGGAAGAUCUCUCCAGAUCGUACAAAUCAACCGCCUUCUAACAAGCCACAUUAACCUCAAGUGAUUUCUAUUUUCUUACGAAGCGCGAAAGAAGUAAUUAGUGUGUUUAUAUCGACGUAAAACAAAGAAAGGGAGGAAAAAAAAGCGAAAAAAACGAAGAAGAAGAAAGAAGAUAAUUCAAGAGCUUAAGUUCAGAAGAAGACAAAGCAUUAAGAGCUAUAGUAUCUAAUUAGUGUACAAAGUAUAUCUGAAAAAAAAAGAAAAAGAUUAAAAAAAAAAAGUCCGCCAGUGCCAAAUCGAAAGACGAAGCGAAAGAAGAAGAAGAAGAAGAAGAAGAAAAUAAAACGAAAAACAAGGGGAAACAGAGUAAAAAGAAAAAAAUACAAAAAAAAGGGGGGGAAACGCGUUUGAGACGAUUGUUGUACGUUUAAGGGCAGAUUAAACAAAAGAAAAGAAAGAAAAAAAAAAAGAAAGAAGAAGACAAAAAAGGGGGAAAAAAAAGAAAGAAGUAAAAACCGCAAACCAAAGAAUCUACCAUUUUCUCUUUUCUACUAAUCACUCAGCGAACUAACGAUAUAUACUCACUAACCAGCUAGACGAGCGGCGAUCUCUUCGCGAGCAGAUUUUCAGAAUCAGAGGAGCAAACGGAACAAAAAAGUAAAAAUAGGAAGAAAGAAAAAAAAAAUCGCAAAACCGAAAUACAAGAGACGCAAGUAGAAGCCGACCGACUUGAAAGUGUUUCAUCAAGUUCUUAUCAAGUAACACACGAAAGUUGACGAACGAAAGAAAGAAAAGUAAAGGGUUCACGAUCGUGUUUUUUUUUAAUUUUUUUUCUUUUUUUGACAAAAAGAUAAAAGGAAAGGGAAGAACAAAACAGAAAAGAAAAGAAAAAACUGACGCAGCUACUCGUAGAGAACGCGUAUGAGAGUAUCUAAUUAAGGAAGGAAGAGGAGUCCCAUCCAAAGUGUAAGACAGACGGAGAGAACGCAGGCCGCCCUAUAUAUCCGGAAAAGGGGACUCGCAUAUAAUUACUCCCAGAGAAACCGAUCUACUUCAGUUCGUAGCCUAAACCUGUUGAGUACAAACGACAGAAAUAGAGUUAUAGAGAGAGGUAGAAAUUGAGAGAGAGAGAGAGAGAGAGAGAGAGAGAGAGAGAGAGAGAGCGAGUGAAAGUGACGACAAGAGUGAACGCGAGAGAGGAACGAAGAGCAAGAGGCAGACGGGAGAAGAAAUUCAGCAAAAGGAAGAAAAAAAUCGCAUGUACACACUGAUACACAUCGAUACACACCGAUACACACGCGAGCAACAAGAAAGACAUACACGCAGAGAAAGGUACAGAGGAAUAAUAAUAAAACUUCGGGGAAGAAUCGCCGAGGGAACCAGCGUUUUCAGCUUCAUCGAGCAAGGUUUGAGGCAGAGCAGGAAAACAGCAUCGAUAGUGGAGGAGGAGGAGGAGGAGGAAUUGGUCCCGUUUCUGUCAGAUGUCACGGUGGUGCCGGGGGAACGAGCCCGGAACACGCGUCGACCAGAGCGGAUAAUCCCGAUAACGAGCGUCCAGCGAUCACGUGGAUCGUGGAAACACGAACACCAACGUUUCUAAAAUCAGAGACGGAGGAGACGGUGGAGAGAAGUGGAAUUGAAGAAGAGCGGAAGAUCGAAAGUGCGUGUACGACAACCUCAUACGCAACCGCUCGCGUACCGGUUCCGGUGGUAUCGUCGUCUCGGUAUUCCCGGCCCGGCGUGAGAAACGACGUUCAUCCCUUGGAAGAAGAAAAGUAACGCGACCUCCUGCGCGCAGGGGGUUCACGUCGAGAUGACGUGGCGGGGAAGAUGAGCGCCGAGGUAACGAAGGAGGUCGUCGCCACCGAGAGGGUAACAGGAAGCCCUCCGGCGGCGGUCGCGACCUCGCCGAGCUCGGUCGGUCCAGGUGAUCCGGCGCGUCACCUGCCGCCAUUCAGCAGCUUCGCCGGAGACAACGCGAUGGACAGCUCGACAACACUGACUACCCUUCACUCGCAGGACGUCGGACUCGGUCUGACGUCCUCCUGGGACUACUACGAGGGAUUGACGGGUCGCUUGAUCGAUUCACGGGGCGAGGUGGUGCUCGCCAGCCAGUACAGGCCAUGGGAGUCGAAGAACGCGGUUGGUGGCGGCGCGCCGACCGCCACACCGGCCGCCGAAGGUCUGCCGAGCUUCGCGAGUCAAUUUACCGCACCUAGCGAGGCAGAGCCUCAAUUAACCGCGCUCACGCCAUUGUCGCCAGCCUCGAUAUCGCACUCGCCACCUGUCACGUCGGCGGUCGGCCUGCCUAGCUUCCACACGCUCGGCACGCCGCUUCCAGCCCCACAUCCGCACAGAGGCAGCGUCGGUUAUCCUUUGGUACCAGCACCGGUCCAAGCCAGAGAGGUGCCGGCGCUUCAGCAGCAGCUACUCGACGAAAGGCACAUCCAACUGCUCGGGUCUAGCCCGGUACAGGCGUUUCCACCGCCGCCCCCUGGCCAUCCUCAUCACACGGUGUUGACCGUGGUGAAGCCGGAUUACCCGCAGCUCCAUCACGCCAACUUCCAGAACCCGAUGUCCACGGUGCUCGACUCGUCGCCGACGUCCAGGCCGAUCGGCAUCGACGGCAGGAAGAAAGAGCGUAGAAAAAUACGCGCCGGCUCGAUGGAGUCCGAAGACAGCGCUGGCGCCGGCAACGUCGAGAGUUCCGGGCAAGUAGCAGCGGUCUCGUCCACCGCGAACAGGGGGCCGCACCACCUCGGCGGCGGGAUGGCCGACGCCGACGGUGACGGCGGCCUCAGCGACAAGCCGGCCAAGAAGAAACGCAAGAGGUGCGGCGAGUGCAUCGGGUGUCAACGCAAGGACAACUGCGGCGAUUGCGCGCCCUGCCGGAACGACAAGAGCCAUCAGAUCUGCAAGAUGAGGCGGUGCGAGAAGCUCACCGAGAAAAAG